UGUGUAUAAUAUAAUUUUGUAUUUUAUAUUUUUUAUGCUAAAUUAAUAAUAUCCAAUGUCCGCCAUUUACAAUAUAGUACCAUAAUUAUUUAUUUUAAUAUUAUUUUACAUUACUAACUAUCAAAAAUGCUGGAAAAGCAUUAUAGUAACUUUGUGAGGCCAAAGUCACCAUUAGAAAGUGUGCAUAAAGAAAAACCCACCCACAAAUAUUUAACAGGCGAAGAAGCCAAGCGACUUUAUCUGGAAGAAGUUAAGGAAGUAAAAGAUAGUAUACAAAGGGACAUAUAUGAGAUUCCUUCAGCUAGAAGAGACAAACGAACUCGCGAAUCUCAGAUAGAAGAAAUAUCUGUUAAGGAUUUGUUAAUGUCGGUGCAAAACAAUGAUGUUGACACAGUGACACGAGUGCUUGAUAACAGCCCAGAUAAGAUUAAUAUUAUUGAUGAGUACGGUUGGAGUUUACUCAUGAUAGCAUGCCAGGCCAACUCUGUAGAUACUGUUAAAGAACUUCUAAAAAGGGGCAUAGAUACAACUGUUAGAGAUAAAGCUGGUAACUCGGCUCAAAGUUUAGUAAUUAAGAACAAAAAUUUUAUUCUUGCUAAUAUAUUGUUAAGUGACAAGAAAUGUAAAACAGAAAAUACUAACAUAUAUAACAGUAAUAAAAAGGUUAAAUUAAAAGAGGAAUAUCUGUGUGAAUUAUGUAACAAGUUAUUUACUAACAAGGCUGAACAUUUGUCAUCUACCAUACAUAAUAUAAAUGCUAGUAAGGGCAAGAAAAUACCAGCAAACUAUGUUAUUCCCGAAACAAAUAGAGGCUACCAGUUGAUGUUGAAAGUUGGCUGGGACAAAGAUUCUGGCUUAGGGCCGGAUGGUUCAGGAAAAAAGUAUCCAAUUAAAACAAUUCAGAAAAAGGACAGAAAAGGUCUUGGUAGCGAAAGAAAGAAGGAAGAUAAAGUAAAAAAGGAAAUUGGUAAACAUCAGAAUAGAAAAAUGGUAGCAACAGAAUCUCACAGAAAUAGAAGAAUGGAAAUAGACUUUAGAAGAGAAUUUUACUAAAAUUACCAAAAAUAAUAAUAUAAUAAUAAUAAUAAAAUAAA